AAGCCGUGCUCAUAUUAGUUGUGCGCAGUGGUGUAUUAAACUGAGAUAAAACAGGUCUCCCGAUCGCGCUCUUGUUUAUUAGAAGAAGGGAUGUGUUUAUUACAUCAACCCAGUUUCUGAUGGCUGCUGUUGUUAGUCAGAAACUGUACAGCAAAUGCCUUAGACAGCCUCGCUGUAGUCAGACACCAACCUGUUCCCACCAUUAUAGUUGUGCUUUUACUUGCGAACUGGAAGGAAAGGCAGUUUGUUUUCAAUAGUAGCUAGUUCACACUGUCUUAUUUAUCUAUGCUGGUUUGAAACUUACAGACUAGUUGUCGUAGCUAUUAGAACGUGUACGUAUAUAAGAUAUUACGUUGGCGUAUAACCAUUAUUUUUAAUCAUUUUAGAUAGAAAACACAAAACUAGAACAAUGAUAUUCGAUAUGGAUGCUGAGUUACAACACUUAAUAAACAUUUCAAUGGACAAAAUGACAUCGGGAGCCGGUUCCAGUUUGGCCGGCCAUGGAAGUCGGAAGUCCCGCGGAAUGGACCUCAGAAAAGCCCUUCUCGUAGCGCACGUUUUACAAAAAGUGCGAUGCGCGUAUAUUGACGAUGAUUAUCAAAUCGUUGCAAAUACGAUAUCAGAUCCUACACCAGUAAAAUAUUCAAAUGAAGACGAAACACAAAGCGAUUAUGACACUGUGAAAGAAAUUGACGAAAGGUGUAAACAAGCAUCCUACUAUUUAAGCGAUGAUGAUGUUAAUUCUGUUCCUCAACCCUCACCCACUGUUCUGCAAUCAUGCAUCACCAACUCUGACGUCAUGGUAUCCCGGAUCGCGCAGGUUACUCGCCCGAUGUCCGUUUCCAUUAAUACGAGUCACGUGGUAUCGUACCAAAGCUUAGAUGUCAUCGGCACAGAAGGCGAAAGCGAUGACGUAAUAUGCGAGGAGUUAGACGUUUCUUCUUGUUGUGAAGUUUCAAGUUACGAGGAAGAAACUCAACCGCGUGAAUCUGAAAUAGAUAUGUCACACACUGCAUUGAAUGUUGGCUGCAAAACACACGAGGUCCAAGAGACCACUCCUGCUGUGACGUCUUCCAAACCGUCAUGCCCUUUGCCAAGAAAGAAGCGACCUUUACCGAAAGAAUUUUUAGACACGGCGCCGUCGCCUUUUGUGACAAAAUCGCCGAGAACAAACUGUUAUGACGUCACAACUACAACGACUUCAUUCACGCCGACCACGAGCGCCACCGUGGGGUUGGAAAGUCGCACGUCUGUCUCGGUAACAACUGUCUCGUCCACGAUCGGUGCAUCAAACUCUUUAUGUACGUCUGUGACGUCACAAAACCCACUGUUAACGUCGACCGUGUCACAAAGACCCAAAGUUGUGGUGCAAAUGACGCAAGCGUGUGGGACGUAUCUCCCGAUCACCAGCACAAGACUUUACUUCAAUACGAAGUUAGCGGAAGUCUCUUUACAACAGAGCGCGAUGGUUUAGUCGUGUCCAACCAGUGUGACUUUAAAAAGUAAAAUUCCUUCUAGUUUCAAGAAAAAUUGGAAUCGAGUCUGGCGUUUUUGUUCACAAUGAGAAACAUGGAAGCUUUCGCGUUGGCUAUUUGUCAUUGUGAAGCAACAGCGCCGAUUCUAUUGUCAUAAAAUAAAAAAAUGGCAAAAUUGGAAUUUUCUUUUUCUGUUCCACCGAGUUGCUGUUUUGAAAGUUCAUUUUGUUUUGCACAAUCAUUACCUUUGUUGUUGACGUUGAUUUAUGUUUUGCGUGAAUAUAUUUGGGAUAUUUAUAGGAAGUGCAAUUUAACAGUUCUAUAUUUUUCUAGAUUUUUGUUUUUUUUUAGUAACCCACGUUUGAUUUGGCGUACGCUUUUCUAUUGUUCGUGUUCAAUUGUUCUUAUGAUGCAAACAUGCUCACUUGCACGUAA